AAAUUCACAAUGACUGGUACUUUCAGUGUUAAAUUGAAAUCGAAAAAAGGUCAAUUCAUUGUCAAGGACCUGACUAAUCAAACAACAAUAGCAGAUCUCAAGCAACGUAUUGCCGAGCUAACCCAAAUCAAGGAACAACAUUUGCACAUGCUUAUGGGUUUUCCGCCAAGGCCAUUGGAUGUGACACAAAAUGUACAGCAAACCCUGCAGGCAGCUGGUAUCUGUAAUGGUGAGACAUUGAUUGUCGAGGAGAAGGAAGCCGCUGCAUCCGUUGCAGCGCCUAGCAUUGAGGAUGAUGAAGCAUUGGCUCGGCGUUUGCAGGAGGAGGAAGAAAAUGAGCUAAGGCAAUUGGUGGCUGCCGCUACAAACCCCACGGACAGUGGUGGUGCAGAACGUUUAACUGCACUGCCUAACGACACCACCGUGGGUGGUGGCAGUUCUGGCGGUAAUUUGAACGGAAUACUCCUAAAGAAAGUUGUACCUGCAGACAACUCAUGUCUGUUCACCAGUAUACGUUUCGUAUUGAAUGGUAAAAUCGACAAUGAAGGCAGUGAAAUGAUGCGUCACAUCAUUGCCCAAGAAGUUGCCGCAAAUCCUCAGGAGUACAAUGAUGCGGUCUUGGGUAAAUCAAAUUCGGAGUAUUGUGCUUGGAUACAGAAGCCGGAUUCGUGGGGUGGUGCCAUUGAAGUGGCCAUACUUUCCAAUUACUAUGGCGUCGAAAUUGAUGUCGUUGAUAUACAAAACGCCAUUAUAAAUCGUUUUGGAGAGGAUAAAAACUAUGGAAUACGAGUAUUUUUGUUAUUCGAUGGUAUACACUAUGAUCCAUUGUAUUUGGAAACGGAGAGUGGAGUUCCCGCUACCAUCUUCCCCAUUGAAGAAAUUGGCGUCUACCAACAAGCCGAACAAUUGGCCAAGGAAGCCAAAUCAUCGCGUCAAUUUACAAAUGUCGACAAAUUUUCCUUGCGCUGUUUACAGUGUGGCAUUGCCAUGGUGGGUCAAGUACAGGCCACACAACAUGCCAAAAGUACCGGCCAUACAAAUUUCGGAGAAAUAUAAUAUCCUCUAAUAUUGGGUGCCCUCUACAUGUUUGCCUUUUGCGUUUUUAUCUAUUAUCUAAUAACACAAUGGUUUAUGCCCACAUCUAUGUUAUAACACAUA